AUGGCUUCAGUACAAAAUGUCGAUUCUGCGAUCGUCUCCAAUGUGGAUGCUGCAUUUCAAAAAGCAAGAACUGAUUAUAUGAAGUUAAAUCCUAAUGUCUAUGAUCCAAUACAUACACAUAUCAAAGGUUGGACUGACAAAGAGAUAGAAGAACUUUCUCUAGAACUAUUAACAGUCUUGCGACAGAAUAACAAUCCUUCUGCCUCAAUACGUAAACUACGACAACUGUAUGUUAUCGUAGCUUGGACUCGCAAAGAUAAGAAGCUUCCUGGUCAAUUAUUAUCAUAUUUAUUAAAAAUUAUUACCGAAAGUUCUCAAACUCCUCAUCUCGUUCUUUUAUCAACUUCGUAUCUGCUGAAUGAAUUAGCUCCUAGAUAUUGGCAGAAUUUAAGAAGUAUCCAAAAUCUUGAUAAAAGGAAUGUACUGCACGUUUUGCCGUUAUUAUUAACUGAGGGAAAAGAUUUAGGUUAUUGGCCGGAAAAUUUGCCACACCUUCUCAAAUGGGUAACGAUCCAGACUCCUUCAGAAGCUCAGCUUCUUGCUAUGACUACAGUCAUUUCUAUUGCAACUAGUUGCCCUUCACUCAUGACUGAAGAAUUUAUUCAGAAAUUAAAUAGCGUCCUCGGUCAAUGGUUAUUGGAUACCUCGAUAGAAUCAGCACGAGGUAGAUCACCAGCAGACAAGAAGAAUAAGAUACCUACAGAAAUUGAUGGAAGCCAAAUACGCGGAAAUUUUACCAUUCUUUGCACUGCUUCUUUUUUCACUCAAGACCAAUUACGAAAUAUUUACGCCUUUUCUGCAAUUCGAAGAUGGCUAAUAACGAAUCAAUCUAAUAUGGAAAGAGCAUUUACUUCCAAUACAUCAACUCCAACGUCAAGAAGUUCUCCAACUGCUGGUAGUAUCGAAAAUUCAAUGCAAAGUAUUCGUCGACUGUCCAAUUUGCCGGCCGGAACAUCUGCAUUAACACCUAAGAAAAACCGUAGAGAUAAACUACUAGACAUUAUAUUGACGUAUUGUUCACGACUGAUAGAUCAAAGUGAACUGAAAGCAACAAACAGCGUCGAUACUACUUUACAAUUUUCGUGUUUAGUUGAGGUGGUUACACUUAUGAACAAUGUUUGCGAUUGCGAUCCGUCGUCUAUUCCCGCCCUUUUCAACAAAGUUAAAAGAAUCUACAAGCAAGUACUAGAUGUUAAUAAGGGGAGGACGCUACUGGCUGUUAUUCAAUUUUUCAUUAAUUUCGGUGACACUGUUGUAUUCGAUACCAAGGACGCAUUAGAAUUUUUUUUUGCUAAAGUAUUGGAUACACGCUUUCAUAAUUCCUUUUUAGCCUUCGACGUGGUUAUGUUUUUGAUUGAAAACCAAGAAAAGUUAUGCGCGAAUACAGAAGUAUUCACACGUUAUUUUCCUAAUAUUUUAAAGAUAUUUGCAUGGUUUCCAAGAACAUAUCUCGUAGAAUACGUACAAAUUCUUCCUAGUAUGAUUUCUGCUAAAACAGCAACAGAGAUGCUCCAUACCAUUAUUGAUUUACCGUGUGUAUCUGCGGCCUUAGAGGCUAAGCACAUGCAUCAACAAGCCCAAGUUUUAAUUGCAAGUGGAAGAACUUUACCAACCAAAACAGCUUUUGAUUUUGGCGUUGUCAUAUCUCCUACAUUUGAGCCUAUUCUCUCCUUUAUCCUGAGAUGUUGCAGUGGUAAAGGCGAUACCAUUAAUAAGCUAAAUACAUUACAUGACGUACUAGAAAAGUUCUCUACGCAUCCACGGAUUUCUGUCUGUUCACAGUGUGUACCUAUUCUAUUAAAUGUCUUCUUCAAAGUUAUUAUGGAAAAAGCAAGUUAUGAAAUUAUACACGAUCUGUUUCCCGCUAUAAUAGAAAGAUCUGUUCAAUUAUACCAGAUCAGACAAUAUCAAGAGAAUGUGCUAGAGGUCUUUUCAGCUCAAAUUUUAAUUUUAUGCAAGCAAUAUCCAAGGAUUGUUGUUGAUCGUCAAGCAGAGAUUUUAGACUACAUUAGUCAAUCGAAACAUGCUCUCAACAUUGAAAAUGAACUAUAUAUGCAUAUGAUAUGGAUUAUUGGUGAAUAUUCUUCUUCCCAAUAUUACAUCAAGUGUACGAAAGAAUGCGUUCUGGUUUAUUACGAAGUUCGUCAAUUUACAUCCUUAUUUAUUUUUUCUCAGUAUUCUGAAUCUGCUAGUGAUAAUAAAUCUGGAUUAAAUACCUGCUUAGAUUUAUUGUCAUUCAAAUUCUGUAUUGAAAGCUUAUCAUAUGAAGUUUGCCUGAAUCAUGCUGGAGACUCGAAAAAGUUUACUGCAAGAUUCGUGACGUUGCUUAUGACAUGUUUAGCAAAGUCAACGCAGCCCAAAAAUGGUAAUAGCAAUGAAUUUAUCAUCAACAGAGCUAACGAAUUAGUAAAAUUACUGCAAUUACCAAAUGUUGCUUCGGCCGUACUUAAUCCUGCAUUGCAAUCAGAGAGUCAGGGACAUUACGACUUUGGAAAUGAAUAUUGGCGCCAACUGAUGUAG